AUGGACGACUUGGCUGAUAGGGCACCUCAAUUCGCUGCAUUCUUUAUUGCUCCAAACAGAGAGAAAGUUUUGAAAAUGGUACAGAUGACUACUUAUAGAAUUCCAAAUUGUGACGGAACUAUUAAUAGAACUGGGUGUUAUGAUUUGAAAUUGACUGAUGUAAUGACUGGUUUCUGGCCUUCUGAGAACGGGGCAAUGCCCCCAGAUGAACCAGUUUGCGGCUUCAGAGGUCAACGUUGUUCCUACACUGUAGAAAUUGCUGUUGGCGCAACUGUUUUAGCUUUAAUUAUGCUUAUUCUUUUACUUUGGUUGUUACGUCGACAUUGCCAAACCCGUGCUUUAAACAAAAUGCCUUGGCGUUUAUUCAGCGACGAUUUUCGUUUAAUUGACGAAGAAGCAGCUCGUUCUCUUCUUUCUAUUGGAAGUUCUAAUACAAAAUUGUCAAAUCAAAGUAUUGGGGGAAGCAAAAAGCACGCAAUACUUGGUGUUAAUACACACGCAACUUAUAGAAGAUUUAUACAAAAACAACCAUUAAAAUUUAAUAGAGAAGAUAUGGUUUUGUUGACAGCUGUAAAAGAUGCUAUCCACGAUAAUAUUAAUCCUUUCCUUGGAAUGGCCUUUAAUGAUAAAGAGGAAAUGUAA